GCACGUCGGAGGAGGUAUGCGGGGCUGUGCGCGGCGGUGCGGUCGUGGUGGUCCUCACCUCUCGGGACUACUUCUUCUUUUAACCCCACCGGUCCUCUUAGCGCUGCAGCUCCUCGUCGUCGGACCACGGCUACCUGGAACCGGGAGGGAGGGGGCGGAGCAAGAGGUUGCCUUUUCCGUUAUCAGCAUCGAACCGGACAGGAACUCACGGGGAUCCCCGUCCCGGCGUCCGGAGGAGGAGGAGGAGGAGGAGGAGGAGGAGAAGCAGGUAGAGGUGGAAGAUGGGGAGAGAAGGGAGCUGGCACUGUAUGAGGAUGAGAACGAGAUGCACUCUCGCCAGAUGGGACCCAGAACUCUGGAGGAGCAGCCGUGGGUGGCAGGCGAGCCGUCCUUCACUGCAGAACUCAAUCGUAUCAUCACGUAUAUUACCAGGCCACAGCUGAACUGCUCCAGGGUUUUGUCUCCAGGUCAGGCUCAGGCAUCACACCCUGCUGAUUCACCCCACUGGCUGCUGUGUGCUGAGGACUGGCUCUUUCCAGCUGCAGACGGGCCGUGUGUUGCAUACUCUUUUAGUAUGGAUGGGUUGGAUGCAGAUUUUCUAAAGACUGUGUCAGGGCUGGGAUGUGAAGUCCACAGUUUUGAUCCGAGCAGCUCCAGCGCAUCUGGCGAUCACCGUGGCAACCGUUUGGCCAGCAACCAUGGUGAUGGAGGCGUGGUCAGCCAGCACAAGAUGUGGCUGGAGUGGCGAGCUCCAAGGAGGCGCAAGCAGAAGACAAGAGGCAACCUGGGUGGUGUUUCUCAAACACUGGCAGACAUCAUGGCAUCUCUGGGACAUCACACAGUUCAUUUCCUGUAUGCUGACCUGCUAAGUGCUGAGUGGCGAGUUUUCCAGAACUGGAUUGAGAUGGGAACUCUGCAGAGUGUUCAUCAUCUGGUUGCAUCAGUUCACCUGCAAUGGGCCGGAUUUGAGGUGGGCGGAACCAAUGAGGAGAUACUCCGCUAUUGGUUCAGUGUCCUACAGGGUCUCCAAGCUUCUGGACUCAAGCUGGUCCACAGCUCUGCAGGAGAGGGUCACAGUGUCCUAAAACAGACAGUAGCAAAUGGUCACAGCUCCUACACACUCAGUUGGGCCAACACAAGGCGAUGACACAUGAAUGAACAUAGGUGAACACACGCAUGACCAGACAUUGUUGAUGGCCUCAAACAAGAAGGAAAAGGUCAAAAUAGUUGGUGUUUCCCCCCCCCUGCCAUUUUAGGCAAACACAGUUCUUAACAUGACAUCUCCCUCUAGUGGAGCUGAAAGGACCUGCCUUUAUAUGGCUCCAGCCUCAGAGGAAACACUGUCGCCUAAUUUGACCAAAUAUGGACCAGAAGGUGGGCUUUCCGGUUUAAUUGGGCAAUAGUGUAACAAUAUCAUAAUUGGACGUACAAAUCUUAUUUUAUCUCAUUUGGAACAUAACAAAACAGCAGAUAUAUAUAAAUUGCAGGAAUUGUUGGAUGUUGUCUUAAUUUGUUCUUAAUAUCAAACAGCUGUCUGGCAAGUACCAACACAUUUUUUUUUCUUUUUCUUUUCUUCUUUAUUUUCUGUUGAGUGAUUUAUCAAUAUAUUAUAUUUAUCAUUUCGACCCUUUUUGUUUUGAUUUGAUCCAGCUGUUCUUUGAAUGUAGAUUCUGCCGAUUAUUUAAUGUAUUUGUGCACAUCUCUGUAGGCCUUAAAUGCUUUUAUGUGCAAUUCUUCUUUAUUUUGAAGAGAAGUUUUAAUUAUAUUGAGACUGUAUUGAUACCACAAUAAAAUAUAAAAUAAAGCCAGAA